AUGAUAGGGAAGCCUGGUAAACCUGUUCAUGAAAUAACCUCAUACCGACCAAUCAGUUUGUUACCAGUAACAUCAAAAGUUUGUGAAAAAGUAUUGUUGCAAAGGCUUAUGAAAGAACUCCGUAAAAGAAGUAUCAUUCCAGACCACCAAUUUGGAUUCCGACAGGAUCAUGGUACGGUUGAACAGGUACAUAGGGUUUGCAGAACAAUCAGAGAUGCACUAGAACAUAAAGAGUACUGCUCCUCUGCAUUCCUGGAUGUGCAGCAGGCUUUUGAUAAGGUUUGGCAUACAGGGCUACUAUUUAAAAUUAAAUCUCUUUUACCUCAUACAUUCUUCGGAUUACUGAAGUCUUACCUGACCGAUAGGAAGGAAGGUGUGUGCCACAAGGCUCAGUGCUUGGUCCUGUGCUCUAUACAAUUUACACAAAUGACCAAAUACCACAAAUUGAUAACGUCACUGUGGCUACCUUUGCGGAUGAUACUGAUGUUCUUGCUUGCAGUAGAAGUCCUGACGAUGCUUCAGCAAUCCUACAACAUAGUCUAG